AUGGGCGUCAUCGAGAUCGAGGUCAAGCCACGCCCACAUUCCACAUUCCGCACACCGGCAUGGCACAUCGCUUUAUCGCACUUUGCACUGCGGAGCUCCAGCAGUAGAACGGGGAUAGCUGAUAGGAUCAUAAUCAACACUCGUCGACCGCAGCAGCCAUCCUCGUCACUCUACACCAAGCACGAUGACUCCACGACGAUUCCUUCGCGGCAGGUGAUACCGGCCCAAACUUUGGUUUACCCAGUCCGGGAAGAGCAGAUGGGUCGCGUGGAAUGGACACAGACCGUGGCUUCGAGUUCUCCGUCAGACUUUGGCCAGGCGAUUCGACCGAAAUGGAUGAGGGUCAUCGACUAG